CGUUGGAACCUUCCCUGCUUCUAGAACAAAGGCAACUUGAAACAUUCUGUCACAGCAACGUUUCCCUCUGAAGAGACAGACAGACAGCAGAGAGAGCGAGAAAGAGAGAGAGAGACAGACAGAGACAGAUAGACAGAGCGAGAGAGAGAGAGAGAUAUGCUUCUGGCCACGGUCUUCAGAGGUUUACUGGUGCUGGGUCUGAUCAUGUCACUGGAUGGACGUAAGAAAUGCCAGGAGACCAAACGGAAGGCAGCCAAUGGCUCCGGACCAGUCGAACAGAGAGUAAUGACUGUAGGUUUAGUUCUGGAUCCUAACCUGAAGACCGCUGUCUUCCCUGUCCUUCAUAAAGCCACCAGGUCUCUCUCUCCGUGGACAUACAGCGACACAUACGAUGAGACCCGGGUCCCUCAACAUAUCUCCCAGGCUCAGUGCCAGAGGUCUGGCUGUCUAACCCCAGACGGAGAAGAGGACAUGGGGUUGGAGUCCAAACCCAUACUCCAUCAGACCUUGGUGCUCCGCAGGGUUCAGGGAGAGAAGGGCAGCAACGGGGGGAAGGGGAGGAAGAAGGGGAAGAAGAAGUGUUAUUUCUACAAACUGGACAGUGAGAGUGUAAAUGUGGGCUGUACCUGUGUGAGACCCAGCAUUUUCCAUCAGAAGCAGUGAUAAUAAGAUAACUCCUAAUUCAAGGAAAAUCAUUUCAAAAUUCUUUAAAUAUAAAAAGUUUCCAUGGAAAAUGGAUAUCUGAUUAUCUUCUACAUUUCCUGAAUUGAAAUGGACCCUAAACUCUGUAGAGUAGCAUGGCUGUAACGUAGAUGUCUUAGAAGGGAAUAAUGAACGUUGAUGUGUUUUUUGUCUUUGGCUUUGAUGUUGACCCGUGGAAAUGGACAAAGUGAUGUAUUUGACCUCUUGACAUAUAGUCUACCUGGAAACGUCUGAGGUCAACAGGCAGGGUUCACAUUCUCUGUUCGUACUUUCCUACCGUGUUUUAGUUCAUUUAAAUGACUUGUUAAAUGACUUGUUAAAUGACUUGUUAAAUGACUUGUUAUUGUUAAAUGACUUGUUAAAUGACUUGUUAAAUGACUUGUUUAUUUAAAGGGAUGCUUCGGGAUUUUGGCAAUGAUGCCCUUUGUCUACUUCCCCAGAGUCAGAUGAAGUCGUGGAUACCAUUUUUAUGUCUCUGUGUUUAGUAUGAAGGAAGUUAGAGGUAGUGUUGUGAGCCAAUGCUAACUAGCGUUAGCACAAUGGCACAAUGGCACAAUGGCGAAGUCUAGGAGUAUCUGCUAUCAUUGCCAAAAUGCCGAAGUAUUCCUUUAAAAUACUUGUUAAUUAAAUUAUACCUGUUUAAUAUAAAUGACAGUGACAUCAUUAACGUUAAGUUGCACAAGACUAAAAUGUCAAUGUAAACAUUCAUUUUUUUUUCAUUCAAAUAUUCUUAUUGUAUAGGAAUGUCCAUAUGAUAUUUAGCCUGUGACUAAAUAUUGACCCUAGUUUGUAGUAGAACGAACACUUACCACUUAAUGUGUUUCUGAAUAAAUUCUAUUAUUUUG